AUGAAACCAGAAACUAUAGUAAAAAGAAUAAUAGAAGCUAUCGAAACGGAAUCACCAACUACAAUAACUUACGAUGGUAAAAAGAUUAAAAUAUCUAAAAAGAUUAUCGAUAAAUAUAAACAUUGUAAAGUUAGAGAUGAUAUAGAUUUGGAAAGAAUUGACAAGAGUGUAAAGGAAGCAAGGGCGACAGCUGGUGGGGCGGCUGGGAUAACGCAAGCCAUCAACGCCAAGAACGCAGCUGAUGCUGAAAAAAGUGAAAAACGUAGACAUAAUAUGGAAAUGGAAAAAAUAGCUCAAGGUUCGGGAGUAGUAGAUAUAUUAGGGACAGUUGAAGAAUUUGGAAAUCGAUUUAGUGAAGAAACCAAGAAAACUGUUAAAGAGGGAUUAAGUAAUCUAAUAGAUAAAAUCGACACAGGAGAAACGAAAGUCAUGUUAUGUCAGGUUAUGUUAUAUUUUUUAAAAACAAACGUUCUGGAGAGGGAAUCUUUCUUUCAAAGUAUAAAGGAGAAGGAGUGA